CAGCCCGCGGCCGUGACUCCACUAUCGCCGCCGCCACGCUAGGUUCCGUACUCGCCCGAGCUGGGCAAAAGGGUGCGAGAACGCGGGGGAGGAGCCGAGCCGGGCGCGUCCCGAGAGCGCCGCCACCGCCCCCCGGAGUCCACUGGAGCGCGGAGCCCCCUGCAGGGGAGGAGGCGAGCGGCGGGCGGGACGCAGCGGCGAGCGCGCACUAUGCAGUCCCGGCCCGGCCAGCGCCGGCUGCUCGCGGUGCUGUGAGUCGGUGGGAUCCCUCGGCGCCCGCAUCCCGCCCAGGUGCUGCCAGGCGCGCUCGCCCUCCGUCCGACUCCCGGCCCCGGGGAGAACGCACGGCCUGCCCCUGCCCGGCCCCUUCUGGAUCAUGCGGGGGGCUCCCGAGGAGGAGAGGGCUAGUGACCGGCCUGCGCCGCGCCUGUUCUGGGGGCGCCCCCCUCUCUGAGUCGCCCCCACCUGCUGCCAUGUGCCGCUGCCACGGGUACCCAGCCUGUCGCUAAACUUUCCCGCCGCCGGCCCAGCUCUGAGUCGCGCUUCUCAGCGAAGUGUCCCAGGGACGGAGGACCCAGGCUGGCUUCGGACUGUCUGCUCCUCUCGGCGGGAUCCGUGGAGAGUCCUUUCCCUGGAAUCCAAGCCCUAACCGUCUCUCCCCAGCCCUACUCGGCGAGGAGCGGAGCGCUGCCAGCGAAGGCAGCGCCUUCCUGAAGCAGUCGAUCUUUGGACGGGUUUCUUUAAAGGAAAAAGCAACCAACAGGUUGCCAGCCCCGGCGCCACACACGAGACGCCGGAGGGAGAAGCCCCGGCCCGGAUUUCUCUGCCUGCGUGGGUCUCUCGCGGGUUACUGGAAGCGAGGGGAGGGAGGGGGCGAUGGCUCGGCCUGACCCGUCCGCGCCGCCCUCUCUGCUGCUGCUGCUCCUGGCGCAGCUGGCGGGCCGGGCGACCGCCGCGUCCAAGGCCCCGGUGUGCCAGGAAAUCACGGUGCCCAUGUGCCGCGGCAUCGGCUACAACCUGACGCACAUGCCCAACCAGUUCAACCACGACACGCAGGACGAGGCGGGCCUGGAGGUGCACCAGUUCUGGCCGCUGGUGGAGAUCCACUGCUCGCCGGACCUGCGCUUCUUCCUGUGCUCCAUGUACACGCCCAUCUGCCUGCCCGACUAUCACAAGCCGCUGCCGCCUUGCCGCUCGGUGUGCGAGCGCGCCAAGGCCGGCUGCUCGCCGCUCAUGCGCCAGUACGGCUUCGCCUGGCCCGAGCGCAUGAGCUGCGACCGCCUCCCGGUGCUGGGCCGCGACGCCGAGGUCCUGUGCAUGGAUUACAACCGCAGCGAGGCCACCACGGCGCCCCCCAGGCCCUUCCCAGCCAAGCCCACACUUCCAGGCCCACCAGGGGCGCCGGCCUCAGGGGGCGAAUGCCCAGCUGGGGGCCCGUCCGUGUGCAAGUGUCGCGAUCCCUUCGUGCCGAUCCUGAAGGAGUCACACCCGCUCUACAACAAGGUGCGGACGGGGCAGGUGCCCAACUGCGCGGUACCCUGCUACCAGCCGUCCUUCAGUUCCGAUGAGCGCACUUUCGCCACCUUCUGGAUCGGCCUGUGGUCGGUGCUGUGCUUCAUCUCCACGUCCACCACAGUGGCCACGUUCCUCAUCGAUAUGGAACGCUUCCGCUAUCCUGAGCGCCCCAUCAUCUUCCUGUCCGCCUGUUACCUGUGCGUGUCGCUGGGCUUCCUAGUGCGCCUGGUCGUAGGCCAUGCCAGCGUGGCCUGCAGCCGUGAGCACAACCACAUCCACUACGAGACCACGGGCCCUGCGCUGUGCACCAUCGUCUUCCUCCUGGUCUACUUCUUCGGCAUGGCCAGCUCCAUCUGGUGGGUCAUCCUGUCGCUCACGUGGUUCCUGGCAGCCGGCAUGAAGUGGGGCAACGAGGCCAUUGCGGGCUACGCGCAGUACUUCCACCUGGCUGCGUGGCUCAUCCCCAGCGUCAAGUCCAUCACGGCGCUGGCGCUGAGCUCCGUGGACGGGGACCCGGUGGCCGGCAUCUGCUACGUGGGCAACCAAAACCUGAACUCGCUGCGCGGCUUCGUGCUGGGCCCACUGGUGCUCUACCUGCUGGUGGGCACGCUCUUCCUGCUGGCGGGCUUUGUGUCGCUCUUCCGCAUCCGUAGCGUCAUCAAGCAGGGUGGCACCAAGACGGACAAGCUGGAGAAGCUCAUGAUCCGCAUCGGCAUCUUCACGCUGCUCUACACGGUGCCCGCCAGCAUCGUGGUGGCCUGCUACCUGUACGAGCAACACUACCGCGAGAGCUGGGAGGCGGCGCUCACCUGCGCCUGCCCGGCCCCCGACACCGGCCAGCCGCGCGCCAAGCCCGAGUACUGGGUGCUCAUGCUCAAGUACUUCAUGUGCCUGGUGGUGGGCAUCACGUCGGGUGUCUGGAUCUGGUCGGGCAAGACGGUGGAGUCGUGGCGGCGUUUCACCAGCCGCUGCUGCUGCCGCCCGCGGCGAGGCCACAAGAGCGGGGGCGCCAUGGCCGCCGGGGACUACCCCGAGGCCAGCGCCGCACUCACUGGCAGGACCGGGCCGCCGGGCCCCGCCGCCGCCUACCACAAACAGGUGUCCCUGUCGCACGUGUAGGAGGGACCCGGCCGGAGAGCUGAGGGGAGGGGGGCGUUUUGUUUGGUAGUUUUGCCGAGGUCACUUCCGUUUACCUUCAUGGUGCUGUUGCCCCCUCCCGCGGCGACUUGGAGAGAGGGAAGUUCUUUUCCGGGAAAAACCUGUCCCAAGUCUUCUCCAAAAGACCCAGCUCACGUGUGUUCUAUUUUGCGUUUCUUACUGCCUUCUUUAUGGAACCUUCUUUUUAAUUUAUAUGUAUUUUUUUUUUUUUUUUUGUAACUUUGUUGCAUUUUGGCAACAAAAUUUACCUUUGCUUUGGGGGCUUUACAAUCCUGAGAUUGGCCUUGUCAUGAAGUUCCACUUAGUUCAGGUUUCUUUGAACUGUGUGUUCUCAAUUGGGAAAAUAUAUUUCCUAUACGUGUGUCUUU